AUGCUCCAGACAGUUUGUCUACUAUUUCUAGUGAUCAUUCCGUGGUCGGCGAGUGGAGCUCCUGAUAAGUGUGGGAUCGUUGGCGAACAGGUCAUGAUUAAGGAUGUGCCUUGGAUGGCAUCGAUUCGGUUUGACAAGAGAAUCAUUUGUAACGGUGUUAUCCUCAACACCAAAUACAUACUCACGACCUCGAAUUGCAUGAGAAAGAGGGCUCUUUCCAGACUAAAACUCUCCGUGGGAAGUAGUUCUCGGGGCACGGGUGGCACUGAGGUGGGUGUCUGCAAAGUGACCUACCACCCACAGGUCGGCAAGAAGAACUUCGGCAGCAACUUGGCUCUGAUGAACCUGUGCGAAGCUCUAAAGCUCACGGACAGCAUCAAGGAGAUCCAGGUGAUCGACAAAGAGCCCGAUCUGAAGGCCAAAGCCACAACCUCCGGUUGGAGCACCAUCAUGUGGGGGGCCUCGCUGAGGGAACCAUGCGAGACCGUCUCAGCGUAUGUACUACGAAAACUAGAUGUCAACCUCCAUGAUCCGAAUUCAUGCUCCAAGGAUCGAAAGCGAUGGUUUAACAUCUCCUCCGGCGACACGGUGCAAAACAUUUGCGUCACCAGGAAGACCGAGAGCUGCUCCUUCGACAAAGGCGCUCCAAUGGUCAUCGAUGGCAAGUUGGCGGGCAUAUUGGCCCUGGGCGAUUGCUCCAAGGAACCCGAAGUCUUCAUCAAUUUGUUCCAUCACAAGGCCUGGCUGGAAAGUAAUUCAAAGGACAAGUAA